AACAAACAGAAUGCUAACAAAAAUCUGACAUCUUAAUACCGUCAAACAUGGCCGCUGUUCACGGUUAACAGCCGGCCAGGUUAUUUAAUCCGCUUUGUUCACGCAGGUUAAUUAUAAUAAGUUGAUUUUUUGACAUUUGUUUUCAAAGUUGCAUUUUCAACGUUACGCUCCUCAACGCCUUCAUUCAGUUUAGGCACAGCCAACGAGAGUUGCCCACGAAAGCCUCUGCUUCAUUCACUGUGUCUGCCAUAUGACUUUUAUUCUGCUGUACAAAUGAGACAACAAUCCGUCCCUCAAAUAUAUCCUAAUUUGUGUGCGCCCCACAACAAAUUCUUCAAUACCAGAUGUUCAUAUUUGUUUUUAUUUUGCAAUUGGGAUUGUAAAACGCAAAAACCAACAAAAUAUUUUAGCAAAUAUUCUUUGCAGCUAUUAAAUAAUGGACCCCAUUGCUGUUAUUUUGGUAUAUUUGGAUAGUAAAGGUGAUCGUCUACUAUAUCGUUAUCCAUAUUUGCCGCCAGAAAAAUUGUCAAACUGUGGCAUUCAACAUGUGGGCAGUAGUGGCAGUUUGAAUGUGGCUCAAAAAAAGGGAAAGCAUCGCUUUGCUAUAAAAAAUUAUUGCUCCUCCGAUGACUUGUUGCAGAACCAAACUGCAAGCAGUACCAACAACAUAGCCAUAACUGUAACAAAGGGCGGACAAUUGCAGGGAUUUUCCGAUGAUGUCUUAGCACCCUUGUUUGCGGUAAAGCCUCAAUUGUGUAAUCAAAAAUUCGAGCUCAAAGUUAACGAUGUGCGGUUUGUAAGUCAUCCUACAUUGGUGCCUAGAAAGGAGCGACCUGCUUUUACCAAUCAAAUGACCACAAUUGCCCCAACCACAUGUCAGCAACCUCAACAGAUCCUAGUGAAUAUUGUUUUCGCAUUGCAUGCACAAGCGAGCUACUCAAUAGUAAAGUGUUACUAUGAUCUCAGUAAACGUUUAGGUUUAGCAUUGAAAGUUGAGGAGCAGCGAAUUGGAUAUUUGACGGACGAAACGAUAGUAAUGACGCGAACGCAUGAUGAAGUUUCAUCGAAGAAUUUACCCCUAGAAAGGGCUUUCGAAGUAAUCUCAGACCGGUGUUCUUUGGCACAGGCAUUAAAGUCUAUUUACCAUGAUUUGUGCACUACAGGCCUGCUAAAUGUUAUCAUUAACCAAAAUCUUACACUGAGUUUCUGUUUACCUGCCAAAGCGCACCAACUCCAUAAGAAAGGUAGCAUGGUAGAUCCCGAAACAAUUGAUAGUUGCUUAAGAUGCCUUAAACCUUAUCAUGGCAUGCUUUUAUUGGUUGAUUUUGCCGAACUUUUGGAUUGUGUACCACCAGCAGGGGCUAGGAUGCUUUUGCAAUUAAUUGAAGUUUAUACGCCACUAAUGAGUUUGCAAAGUAUGGCUUCUGAUGCAGAUCUAAAUAUAGAAUACGUUUAUAAAUUGGUGUCGCAUCUCGUUUAUUGGGCCAAAGCUACCAUCAUAUACCCUUUGUGUGAGACAAAUGUCUAUGUUAUAGCACCGGAUGCACCGCUUCAUACAAAGUCUCAUUUGGUUGAAAAGUUUUCUGUACGAUUUCCAGGAAUGUCUUUGUUUGAGGUAAUCUCUGAUUUUUCUUUGCCCACCAGCAUAGGGCACUUAACAACACCCCUACAGCAAUCUUCGCGCCAAGGAAUUCUGGCGCAAAUGGUUCUUUGGAUGUUGCAGCAUCAUCUGCUUAUGCAACUACAUACAUAUGUGCAAUUUAUGGCAAGCGACAUGGAUGACCUGGAUAGUGACGAUGGCGGUGGUGAACUGGAGUCGGCAUCCCUAAUGGAUUUGGCAGGCUCUUUAUUGGGUCAAGAUGAUAUACUGAUGCCGGGACGAAGUAGUAACAGCGAUGAAGAUCUAGUUGCUGGUUCCUUACUGAGCAUUUCAAGUCAACCUUUGCCAGUGCCACAUACGAGUCGCCGCUCCUUAACCGAAGAUCGUUUUUCUGUCGGCGGUUCAACCAAUUCGGAAAACAUUGUUGCUCAGCCAUCUUCGAGUCAUAAAUCGAACUUUAGUAUGACAGCAUCAUUGAGUACUGAUAAUUGUGAUAGCAUUGACUCCAUCGAAGAUGAAGAAAAGAUCAAAGAGCUAUUACAAGUUUUCGAUGAUUCCGACCGUCCGGCAAUACGUCGCAUACCAGCUUCUGCUAGCCUCGAUGAUUUAUCGCUUAUGGUUAAGCUUUAUCAAGCAGGCUACUUCAGAAGCGAACAUCAUUUGGAAGAAAUAAUGUAUUUUGAAAAUUUAAGACGUUCACAACUGCUACAAUUGCUGGAUAAAUUUCGUGCAGUUUUGAUUAUUUAUGAAACAGAAGAUCCUGCAAUAGCAUCAAUGUACAAUAACAAAAUAGCAGGAGAGUGGUAAAUCGGCCAAUCCAUAGAAAAUACAGUAAGCAUCAAAACAAAAUGUACAAAUACAUUUGUUUUAAAAAAUAAUGUUCUUUCUCGAACAACGUUCCGUUUAGCGAUGAAAGUAAGUUUGUGGUAUGAGUCUAGGAAAAACCUGGCUUUUGUACUCUUUGUAUUGGCGCUUAGUGCAUAUAAAACGAAUAGGUUAAAUGAUAACUCAAGUUUCUACCGUUUCAAUCAACAUUCGGUUAGGUAGCAUUUAAAAUGUACUAAAUAUUUUUAUAUAAUAUAUGGAAAAAUUAUAAUUUUUCAGCUCUUUUUAUGUAUAUAACAGCUUAAAGCCAAAUUGUUACUUUUCUUUAUUUCUAACAAAGAUAUGAUACAUAUUGUUUUAGUGUAAGUAUCUUUCGUCAAACGAUGCAUCACUUAGUACUACACAAUAUAUGACUCGAUUCACAAAUGCAUUGUUCUUAGUUGGAAA